CUCAUUCAACGACCUACGAUAGCUGCUAUUCAUGAGACACCACCUCCAUUGCGACCUACCGGCUCCACCCGAGAAGAUGGACGAAUGUCAGGAUUCUUGCUGCAAUAGCAUCAACGCCGAGCCUCUCGACAACAUGGCCCCGGGUCAUGGAGAGCCCGAUGAUUGCUGCUCUCCUAGCAAAUCCUCGGACAACAAUGACAACGACGCGCCUGAUUGCUGCCGUGGCAAAGUCAGUCCGUGCUGUGAUACCUCUUGUAUUGACCGCUUGGCCUUGCGAGCAUGCGAGAUGAGUGCUCCAGGCCCAACUGGUCAGCCAAACACCUGUGAUGGAGCUACCAACCGCAAGGCAUGCAACCAACAUAGUCUCUCUGCCCUCGACCGCUACGGCGCUACUCUACAAGCCCUGGGAUGUAUCUGCCGCGCUCUUAUUGCUCUUGGUCAGGAAACCUGCUGUGAGUCCCGUGAGCGCCAGUCACUGGACAGGAAGCAGUGCUCUAAGAAGUCAUCUGCUCGUUCCCUUCUCCGUACUUCUCUGGAUUCCUGCCGCAGCAAUGGCUCCCUCACCAAGGACCAGGCCGUGCAGAAUCAUCUUCGCCUGCGAAGGGGCUCCGGUGAAAGUGCCAGGUCUGCCAAGAAGCCGUCCGCGGAUGCCCGCGGUGUCCCUUUUUGUGCGAAGGAUAAGCCCGCCAAGGAGCCUCCCGUCAAGAGCAAGUGCUCGAAGUCGUGCUGCUCUGAGGGAAAAACUGUCAAGGAGCCUCCCCCAAAGGGCAUCUGUGCCGACUCUUGCUGCACGGACGACAAGAAUGACAAAAAUGUCCCUACGAGAAAAAAGUGCUGCGGUUCUGAGGACACGUCCGCCACGCCUCCAGCCGACAAGGACGACUGUGCCAAGUCUUCUGACUCCCUUGAACAGCCCAUGAAGCAGCCUGCUGCCAAAAAUGGACAUCUUGGCUCUCAUUGCUCGGAGACUGCCCGUGUCGAGAAACCUCCCAAGGUCGGCUGCGCCGGAUCUUGCUGCCCCGGAGACCAGCGUGUCAAAACUGAUAACCUCAAGAGCACUUCUACGGACUCAUGCGGUUCGAAGGCCAAGCCGGCUGAACCCCCAACUAGUGGGUGUGCAGGAUCUUGUUGCGGAACACCUAAGGACACGGUCAUCAAAGAGCCCCCGAACGCCGCCUCUGGUUCGUGCUGUAAGGCACCGAAGCAGACUAUUGCGAAGGCUCCGGGCACUACUUGUGCGGACUCUUGCUGCACAGAAAAGCAGCCGAUUAUCCCUCAAGGCUCCUGCACCGAUGCUUGCUGCUCUGAUGCACCCAGUCCUGGUUUGGAGAUUGAGGAAGCCCCGAUUCAGGCCAUCACCGACUUAGAGGGUCAAGGUACCGGCAAGGAACAUGUUGUUCUCAGCAUUUCUGGCAUGACUUGUACUGGUUGCGAGACAAAGCUCACCCGUAGCCUCGGUACUGUCCCCGCUGUCAAAGACCUGAAAAUCAGCCUUGUUCUCUCACGAGCCGAGUUCAACAUUGAUUUUCGCCUUGGCUCAGUGGAGGAAGUUAUGAAACAUCUGGAGCGGACGACGGAAUUCAAGUGUGAAAGAGUUCAGAACCAGGGAUCUAGCCUAGACCUUAUUGUCCCCGAUCAGCCCUCAAAAUUCAUUAGCCAGACAUGGCCAGACGGAGUUUUUGACGUGACACCCGUGGACAAGCAGACUGUGCGAGUUGCAUUUGACCCGAAGAUUGUGGGAGCUCGAGACCUCACCGAGAAGAUUUGGGGUCCGCCAAUUGAACUUGCUCCUCCCCGCGGCGACCCUUCGCUCGAGGCUGGCAGCAAGCAUGUUCGUCAUAUCGGAUACAUGACGCUUCUCUCCGCAGUUUUGACGAUUCCGGUCCUGGUCAUGGCAUGGGCUCCGCUUCCUGAGAGAAAGGUGGCAUAUUCCUCGGCUUCUCUCGCCUUGGCCACGAUUGUUCAAGUUGUCAUCGCAGGGCCUUUCUAUCCCAAGGCCCUAAAGGCUUUCGUUUUCUCAAGGGUUAUCGAGAUGGACUUGUUGAUCGUCUUGAGCACCAGUGCUGCCUACAUCUUCUCGGUAGUCUCCUUUGGGUACCUCAUUGCAGAGAAGCCCCUCUCCACUGGUCAGUUCUUUGAAACGAGCACUCUCUUGGUCGCCUUGAUCAUGGUUGGUCGAUGGGUUGCCGCUCUCGCUCGUCAGAGAGCUGUUGAAUCCAUUUCUAUCCGGUCACUCCAGGCAUCAACAGCUAUCCUUGUCGACAAAGAGGGCGCAACGGAACGUGAGAUUGACACCCGACUUCUUCAAUAUGGCGACAUCUUCAAAGUCAUCCCUGAUACUAGAAUUCCGACCGACGGCACUGUCAUCAAUGGGUCGUCUGAGGUUGAUGAGUCUAUGCUCACUGGCGAAUCUACACCGGUGGAGAAAUAUCCCAAGUCUCUGGUGAUCGCUGGGUCUAUCAAUGGGCCCGGAGUGAUGACUGUUCGACUGAACCGUUUGCCUAGUGAUAACACUAUCAAUGCGAUUGCUGCGAUGGUCGAUGAAGCUAAACUGUCGAAACCCAAGCUGCAGGAUCUGGCAGACCGGGUAGCAUCCUACUUCGCUCCGGUUGUGGUAGGAUUGACGAUCAUCACGUUCGUCAUCUGGGUUGCAGUGGGCAUGACCUUUCAAGGACGUGAUGGAUCAGAAGCUACCAUUCAGGCCAUCACCUACGCCAUUACUGUCCUCAUCGUCUCUUGCCCCUGCGCCAUUGGACUGGCUGUUCCUAUGGUCAUUGUGAUUGCCAGCGGAGUCGCGGCGGAAAGGGGUAUCAUCUUCAAAUCAGCAGACGCUAUUGAAGUGGCUCAUAGGACGUCGCACGUCGUGUUUGAUAAAACUGGGACCUUGACGCGAGGAAAGCUUUCCGUCGUUGCGAAUGAAUAUGUCGAGGUGGAAGAGCUCCCAUUGCUUCUAGGCUUAAUUGAAAACAGUCGACACCCAGUGUCAGUUUCGGUGGCUGCUCAUCUCAAGGAUGCUGGAAUUAUGGCUUCGAGUGUUCCUGAGCCCAAGAGCCUUACUGGAAAAGGUGUUGAAACUACUAUGGGUAGCCGGACACUUCGAGCAGGCAAUUCUCGCUGGCUGAAUUUAUCGGAACAUGAACUCGUCCAACCCAUGCUUGCUCAAGGGUACACUGUCUUCUGCUUUACGAUCGACAAUGUGUUACAGGCGGUCUAUGGCCUUGAAGAUGAGCUGCGACCUGAUGCUGUGGGGACAGUUGAGGCCUUGCAGAAGCGUGGUGUCUCAGUCCAUGUGGUUUCUGGCGAUGAUGACGGAGCUGUGCAGACUGUUGCGUCCAAGCUUAGCCUUCCUGGCUCGAAUGUGCGUUCUCGAAGCUCGCCCGCCGACAAGAAGGACUACAUCCAGACGCUCCUCGGUACUGACACGGAUCACAAGAAACCAGUUGUUGUUUUCUGCGGCGACGGCACGAACGAUGCCGUUGCCCUCGCGCAGGCUACGAUCGGCGUCCACAUGAACGAAGGCACGGAUGUCGCGCAAUCCGCCGCGGAUGUGGUUCUCAUGCGGCCUUCUUUAGCUGGUAUUCUCACCAUGAUGAAUGACAGUCGGAAAUCUGUCAACCGCAUCCGAUUCAACUUUACCUGGAGUGCCGUGUACAACACCUUUGCCGUCCUGCUCGCUGCGGGUGCUUUUGUCGAUGCGAGGAUUCCUCCCGAGUAUGCGGGCCUGGGAGAGUUGGUGAGUGUGUUGCCAGUCAUUUUUGCUGCGGUGCUUUUGCGCUGGUCGAAGAUCUAGCAGAGCACUAUCAGUCCGUGACACGGCUGAAUUCCAAAACUCUCCUUAAUGUCCGACUGGAAUCGUCGUGACGGGAUGCGAAGGCUUCUGUCAUUUGAGUCGAACCGCACUGGCAGAAUGCUGCAAUCUUUCGUUCUUGAUAGUUUGUUUUAGUGUCAGAGAAGCCCCGAAGCAUCAGCUCCAACCGUUCCGUUCUCUACGUGUUCUAUCAGAAUGGGAUACCUGUUAAUCAUCA